AAAGAUUCACAGGCUCUCUCUCUCUCUCUCUCUCUCUCUCCCUCUCAUUCUUUUGCUUUCACGUUCUCUGUUUUGGUGAAGAAUAAUUGCGAAGAGGGUUUCUAUAGUUUCUUUCUCUUCCUCUUGGAAUAAAAAAAGGGGGGAGGUUUUCUAGCUUCAGUGCGCGCGCAAGAUCCAGGUUUUGAAUUGGGUUUAGAUUGUGAAGGAUAAACCUCUCAUUGUUAGGGUUUUUAUCUCACAUUGUGUUUUGACGUCGAUGAUGUUGCAUUUAUUCUAACUUCGAUUCGAUCUAGGGUUCUUGUUUGCUCGAAGGAACUUGGGUUUGUUUCACUAGUAAGUAUUUAAUUUCUUUUGUUCCUGUUCUUCAAUCAUUUGAAGAUUUCACCUUUGCUUUAAUUGAAAAUUUUCAGCGAUAAGGGAAAAUUUGUUUCCCUUCUUUCUUGUGGGAAUUUAUGAUCGCGUUUUAGGUUUUCGGGUUCCUAAUUUUAGGGUUUGUAAUUUUAGGGUUUGAGGGAGUUAAUAAAAGCACUGCACCCUUUUACUAUUGGAGAUGUUGAGGAAUUUGUGGUAGCGGCCUUUUGAUUUGUCUAUUGAGGAGGACCGGUGAGACUAUGAGUUUUGGUGUAACUUUGAUACUCAAAAAUGGUAUUGCAAGAUUAAGAUAAAUAAUGCCUUAAGAGGUGGAGCUGCUGUUGAGCUGAAACUGAUGUUGAUUUUGAUCUCAUUUAUUAAAUUUUAAAGAACUAGACUAAAUUGGUACAGUGUAUAGAAUUUGAAUCUUUAACUAUAUUCUGGUGAAUAAACUGAGCUCUGUCAUGAAUUUACACCUUUUGGGAUAUUCAGAUUCUUGAAAUAAAGAUUAAGUAUCGAAGUUGACAUGUGCAGUUGUUGGGAGUUAAUCCUAUGGCACCAACUGUUCCUAUAGAGUUUAUUGGACAGAAGGAAUCAAAGAAGUGUUGGCUUUCUUCACAACCAAUGGGGAAAUCGAGGAAGUACUCCAAAGGGCUUUCCUCUGGUUUUGUUCCUGAUUACCGGCAUGCUGUUGAGACUGUUGGUGAAUCAGAGGGGUUUGGCAGUUCUGGUCGAGUUGACACUGAAAUGACAGCAUCAGAGGAUUCUUAUGCUCCCAAGCGCAAAUGUAUGAGUUUGAGUUUUGAUGGUCAUGAUACCUUUACUGUCCCCAUGCAAGUCCUGUCAUUGUCAAAGAUGUCAAGGUUCGAGAGGAAAAAUUUAAAACUGAGGUUUAAAAGGGAACUUGAGCAGGUCAGGUUUCUUUAUAAAAAAGUGGCUUCUUUGGGUUCCAAUGCAGCUGCAUUAUCGCCUUCUAGUGAUAUUCGUAGUUGUAGUGAUGGCCUAAAGAGGCCACCGCUUGAGACCUUACACAAGUCAUAUGCAGUAUCAGCUCCACAAAGUAAAAAACGGGGCCCUCCAGGUCGUAAUGGGGCUCGUACAAAGAAGAGUUCUCAUAAGCGUUCUGAGCCAGAAAAGCUUGCUGCACCAGUAAUUACUUCGAAUGCUAUGUUGAUGAAACAGUGUGAGACAUUACUCAGUCGUCUGAUGUUACAUCAGUAUGCUUGGGUUUUCAAUAAUCCAGUUGAUGUGGAAAAGUUAAAUAUACCAGAUUAUUUUACUGUCAUUAAGCAUCCAAUGGAUUUGGGUACAGUGAAGAGCAAGAUUACUACAGGUGCAUAUUCAAGUCCACUAGCGUUUGCUGCAGAUGUGCGGCUGACUUUCUCAAAUGCAAUGAAGUAUAACCCGCCUGGAAAUGAUGUUCAUUUUAUGGCUGAGACGCUUAGUAAGUAUUUUGAAGUGAGAUGGAAAGCUAUAGAGAAGAAGCUUCCUGUUACCAUUGGUGCAGAACCCGUGGCACCGAGAGCUGGUAUUCAUGUAGAAACAGAAACAAAAAUUGAUCCCACACCUGCAAAAAAGAAGAAAAUUGCACAAAUUGAUAGUAUGGUUAAGUUGGAACCUUUUAGGCAGGUAAUGAGUAACGAGGAGAAGCUUAAGUUGAGUACAGAAUUGGAGGCAUUGCUUAGUGAAUUGCCCGAAACCAUUAUUGACUUCUUAAAAGAGCAUAGUCAUAAUGAUGACCAGAAUGGUGAGGUUGAAAUAGAGAUUGACAUUGAUACCCUAAGUGAUGAUACGUUAUUUGAGUUGCGGAAGCUUUUAGAUGAUUAUUUACUUGAGAAACUGAAAAAUCAGGCUAAAGCAGAACCAUCUGAAAUGGAGCUUCUUAAUGAGUCUGGUUUUAGCAAUUCCUCAUGGCAACCCUGCAAAGGCAAUGAACCAGUUGAUGAAGAUAUAGAUAUUCUUGGAGAAAAUGAUCCCCCUGUUUCAAGUUAUCCUCCUGUAGAGAUUGAGAAAGACGCAGCCCAUAAGAAUAGUAAAUGCAGUAGUUCAAGUAGCUCUAGUAGUGAAUCAGGCUCUUCUUCUGAUGAUUCAGAUUCGGACAAUUCUGGUGGUGAAUCAGAUGCAGCUAAAGCUUCGGUUCCCUAUACUGUGACCAAGGAUAAUAUUGGAUUUGGAGAAAUCGUGGACCCAAAGAAAAGUGACGAGCUUGAUCCAGACAUUGGAAAUCAAUCUGCAAAUGGAUUGGCCAAAAUUGAGUCAAAUUCCCAGGGUGAGCCAUUAAAUGUAGAGACAGAUGGCCAUCAAGAGGGGGAGAAUGCUCCACCUGAUAGACAAGUCUCCCCAGAUAAGCUCUAUCGUGCAGCUAUAUUGAGGAAUCGCUUUGCUGACACAAUACUUAAAGCUCGAGAAAAGGCGCUUGAAAAGGGAGAAAAGAGGGAUCCUGAGAAAUUACGGAAGGAGAGGGAGGAACUUGAACGGCAGCAAAAAGAAGAGAAAGCUCGCCUGCAAGCUGAGGCCAAGGCUGCUGAAGAAGCUCAAAGGAAGGCUGCAGCUGAGGCAGCAGCUGAAGCAAAAAGGCAGAGGGAACUGGAAAGAGAAGCAGCGCGGCAAGCAUUGCAACAGAUGGAAAAGACUGUUGAGAUUAAUGAGAACAGUCAGUUUAUGGAAGAUCUGGAAAUGCUAAGGACCGCACAUGAUGAAGAGUUGCCAAGUUUCAUGGAGGAGACAAGCCCAGAGUUCGUGCUUCAGGGGAGUAAUCCACUGGAACAACUGGGACUAUACAUGAAAAAGGAUGAUGAAGAGGAGGAAGACGUAGAACCGCCCCAAAGCGUUUCAGAGUCGAUAAAAGAUGUCGAAGAAGGAGAAAUUGACUGAUAGAGGUGGUUUUAUUAUUGUUAUUUGGUCAGGGAAUGGCUCAUCUGAAAGCUUAGGGGUGUGGGUUAUAGAUCCCUUCCUUUCUCCAUGGUUCAGUUCUAUGGGAAUACUAUUUGGUCAUCUACUUUUUUCUGAUUUGACGCCCAACGAUAAGGAUGGGAACUUGAGAUUAAUCAAGAAAACAUGUUAUCAGUAUAUAAGGAGAAGCAUCGAUCAGCAGUGUGCAUCUGUCUUUCUUUUCCGUGUUAAUCUGGAAUCGAUUCUGAAAAAAGGGGGCUCAAAAGAGUUGGCACAGGUGAGGGAGGGUUGUGGGUGGGGGUUAAUAAUGAAAGAGAGAGGCGUCGGAUUUUGUUUGUUUCUAUUUGUGGUUUGUAAAAAGGAAAGUUUAGGACGUUGUAAUGGAAUGAUGCACUGUUUUUGGGUGGUGUGUCCAGUAGGUUUGGGUUUAGAGACGAGCCAAAUAGGUUUGGUUGGUGGGUGGAUUGUAAGAUGUAUGUCAAUUUUAGGGAGGAAGAGAAUUGUAAUAUAGUCGAAGAGUUUAAAAAAAGAAAAGAAAAGAAAAAACAACACAUGGAAGGAAAUUGCAUUCAUUUCAUUUCAUUGUUGUUGUUAUUCUAUUGUGACUGGAGUGUUAAAAAUUAUAUAAGAAUGGUAAAAUAUACGGCACAUUAUUUGUU